CAUCCCAUGUGUACAAAGCAUAUCCCUUCCUCAUUCCUCUGCUCCACCAUGUUUGAGAAGGGAAAAAUAGAUGGAGAGGGUGUACCAAAUUGAUUGGCCUGCUCGUCCAUGUGAUGGGGAGUGCCGGAGUGGCUGCACCAAAUCGAGUGGCCUGCCCGUGCAUCAACAAAGCUGGGAAGGAGAUUAUCUUGGAGGCCAGAUCUGAGCGAGGUCGGGGCACGCGUUCUAGCCGCGGAUUUGGCGCUCCCUAGCAGCAAGGCAAGGCGGUCGCCGGGGAGGCCACUGAAGAAUAUGAGUGAUCCGUAGUUGGUAACUUCCCUAAUGGCGCUGCUAUCCUGUUCGUGUCACUGGGCCAAGGAUUGUGGUGUCGGGUUUGACGGCCAUGUUCUUCAUAGUGUUCCUCAUCUUAUGUGGCAGAGUAGUGAUGGAGGUAAGGUUGAGUUUCAGAAGGGAGCUUGUGGGACUGGAGCGGGCCGAGUGGGAUCACGUGCGGGCUUUGACUGCGACCGUCCGCUUAUCGGACUCCGCAGACGAGGUCUCUUGGAGACUCCCGGGCUCUGGCAAGUUCACUGUCAAGUCAAUGUACAGGGAGUUGUGCCGCGGGCAUGCCCCUAUGGCAGCCUCGGGGCUUUGGAAGGCGCGAAUCCCGCUAAAAAUUAAGCAGUGGGCUACGCUGGGAAGGCAACAGGAUGCUGAUCUCCAUCGACAUGCCAUCGCUCGGCUCCGCACAGUCUACUCGGUGUCCCGGGCCCCGUCGCCUCCUCCGUCUACUGCCUUAUAGGGAUAGGCGGCCCUUUUGGUCCUGCUUUCUUUGAGCCUGCGUGCUCGCUCUUCUGGCUAGCUAUGCCAUGUAACGCACUUAUCACCGGUCUCGCCUUUUGGCUCUGCCUCGAAACUUGGCUGUCUAGCUUCGGUUCCGUUUAGUUUGGUCUUGAUACUUUGUUUGCACGCUGCCUAUUGUUGUGGGCUUUAUUAAUUUAAAGCCGGACGUCUCUGACGUCUAUGUUCUAAAAAAAAGGUAAGGUUGAGUUACCUAGUUCUGGUAAAUUAUAAUACAGACGAUGAACUCAUAUAUUUUGUUGUUGUUCAUGUAAGGAUCAUUUAGGAUAUGAAUUAUAGAGUUAUUUAACUUUUCA